AUGAAGAAGAUUCAAAUCAUACUUCCAACCCCCCCUAUCAAAACAUUUCCGAAUCUAUCUUCUACUCUAUCCUCUUCCGUUCCAGAAUCUGAUAUUUUUGAAAUUAUCAUGAAGGAACCAUUUCUGAGUCUCACCACUCCUCCUUCUCCACCUCCAUUCAAUCCACCAACUUUACCCUUGUCAACCUCGCCCAUUACAACUUCCAUUCCAAUAUCAUCCAUUCCUUACCCACCAAUGAUGAGUUCUGUUGAAACAUCUCAACCAAGAUAUCUAUCCUAUUUUCAACUCCCAUUUUCACAUACUCAACCAUUCCUACAACAACCACUAUCACAACUUCACCAGAUCUUCCUAUUAUCAAAUUUGUUUUAG